CCAAUAAAAACACUAUGCAGUAGUUUCAUCUUUUCAAUUUUAUCGUAGUUCAUAUUAACCUGCCAACAAAGCAUUAAACAAGUUGACAGUUAAAUGCAGGUUAUAAUGUUAUUUUCAGUGAGAUAAGAAGUUGUAGGAGGAAGUUGUUGUUCUGUCGUUGAAGUUCCUGCAAGAGAUAGUCUAGAAGUUGAUACCCUAGAGGAUUUAAUAGUAGCGAAUAAGCUUUAUGAAUAUUAUAACUUAAAAAAAUGACUUCAAGCUUCACUGAAGGAUCCAUUCCAUCACUCUAUAGGGAAACAUUUGAUGUAUGCUCCAAUAAUGGUGAUCCAAUACACAGAGAUGUAUAUGAGUGUCUGUUGAAACAUUGUAAUCUACAAAGCAGCCAAUUAAAACUAAUUUGGGAUAUUGCUGGUCCACCUCAAGGAUUAAUUUCUCGAAUAAGUUUAUAUAGAACUCUAGCACUAGUUGCUUGGGCCCAACAAGGCAAACUACUAUCGGAAAAGUUGUUUGAAAACUUUUCUGGUAAAGAAUAUCCAACUCCUUCCAUACCAGAUUUGCAAUCAGUGAAAAACUUAAAAUGUCAAAUACAUCUAAAAUCAAAUCCUUCUAUCUUGGGACUUUCAUAUACAGACAUAAUUCAGUUGGAUACUUUAACUGUAGAACUAGUACCAGAGAAGAAAGGUCUGUUUUUGAAGCAUUCUGAAUAUAUUGUAUCUUCAAGAAGGUUCAAUUCUAAAGUUACCAGGAGAUAUAAUGAUUUUGUCAGUUUGAAUGAACUAAUAGUCAACAGGUUUCCUUAUAGAAUGAUUCCCAGGCUACCACCAAAGAGGAUAGUUUCAGAUUCUCAAUUUCUUGAAGUCCGAAGAAGAGCACUACAAAGAUGGAUAACGUUGAUAUGUAGGCAUCCAACUAUCUGUCAUGAUGCUCUGAUUUCAUUUUUUCUAACUGAUCAAAGUGCAGAUUUCCUGAAUAGGAUCAAGGAAAUUUUCAGAAGAGCACCAGAUGAAUUUAUGACCUCUGAUAUUGCUGCUUCAGCAAAGAGUUUUCUUCCAUCGGAUAACACUGAAAUAACAAGUAGAGAACAAAUUAAAACGUUGAUCCAAGCAGUUGCUCAAUUGAAGUUUCUUGCUGAAGGGGCUAUAGAAAGAAAAAACAGUUAUGGAAAAGAUUCAGAAGAUUUAGCUGUUCUCAUGAAAACUUUAAAUUUAUUGCACAUUGAUAAAGCAUAUGUGAAGAAUUGGCCUACAAUGCAGAAGGGAUUUGAUGUGAUAUCGCAAGAAUUGCAUGCAGUGGCCAAUAAGUCUCAGCAGCAUGCAAGUGUUGAGCAAAUAACAGUAUCAGAAAGAUUUGGUCUUCUACUAGACGUUUUGGUUUCUCAUAAGGACCUUUGUGAGAGAUUAGAGAAAGGUUUAGUGAAUGAUCAUCAAGCAGCUCUCUCUAAGAUGCUGUCCCUGAAGAAAAGAAAGAUUCAAGGGGCUAUAAGAGGUGCUGAUACUGAAAGUGUAGAAAAACUGGAAGAGAAAAUGCUUGCACAAGAAAAUAUUAUUACGAAUGUGGAACUGAGAUCGGAAUUCAGUUUAUACUGCUUACAUAUGGAAACACAGCUGGUCUUUGUAUACGUGGAAACACUGUCUGCAAUUCUACACAGUUUAGUGGCUUUGAGCGUCAGAUCGCACACAGAGUUAGCUGAUAUCUGGAAGCGUGUGGAGACUCAGGUACAACAACUUUUACCCCAAGAAAACAGGAAAACUAAUGAAUCAACAUGACAGAAUGAAUCUCUUAUUAUAAUUUUUAUAUGUGUAAAGACUACUGGUGUGAUCUUAGAGUGUAUCGAAAUAAUAAUUACCACGAGGUAAUAAACUAUUUCAGUAAUGUAGAUACUUAUGUUUGGAAAGGCUAUAUCCAGCAGAUAGUGGAUGACUUGAGAAUGAACAAUGUCAGUGUGCUCUUAAAAUAUUUAACUCGAAAUAAUUCUUAGAUAUUCACUGGA